UCUUAUGCAAUUAAAUAACGUUAAUGACGUAAAACAACAUUUUCGGGCAGCUAUCGUUUUGUGAUGUUCCCCUGGUUCACAUUUGCGGUGUCUGUGGUUGCAGUGCUCGGCUUGUUUUUCUGGUCCCGCAAGCGCCUACAGAUAGUGUUUGCAGCCUGUGCCUGUCGCCCAGCCAUGGCACAACAGGACGGUGCUGCCAAGAAGAACCCGGCCGUUGGGGGAUUGCACUCUCACUUCAUUGUGGGAUCCGUGUCAGAGGAGAACUCAGAGGAUGAAAACCAAGGCAAGGCAGACAUGCAGCUGGACGAGAAGGAGACUCGAUCUUUGUCACCGUCUUCUGGUAGCUCGGACAGCACCUAUGAAAUGGGCUUCGACCACAUCGACGGCCCCUUGCACAAUUUAAGAUCAAGCAUGUCUGGCCUGCACCUGGUGAAACAGGGAAGAGAUCGAAGGCGUAUUGACCUCCAGAGGGACUUCACUGUUGCUUCUCCUGCUGAAUUUGUCACGCGCUUCGGUGGUAACAGGGUCAUUGAAAAGGUGCUUAUUGCAAACAAUGGCAUCGCAGCAGUUAAAUGCAUGCGCUCCAUCCGCCGCUGGGCCUAUGAAAUGUUUCGCAAUGAAAGGGCGAUCCGUUUUGUUGUCAUGGUGACCCCAGAAGACCUGAAGGCCAAUGCAGAGUACAUCAAGAUGGCAGAUCAUUAUGUGCCUGUACCUGGAGGGACUAAUAACAACAACUAUGCCAAUGUUGAGCUCAUUCUGGACAUUGCUAAACGCAUACCAGUUCAGGCAGUGUGGGCUGGAUGGGGACAUGCCUCAGAAAACCCCAAACUCCCAGAGCUCCUUCAAAAACAUGGCAUUGCUUUCAUGGGUCCACCAAGUCAGGCUAUGUGGGCUCUUGGAGACAAGAUUGCUUCCUCCAUUGUGGCUCAGACGGCUGGAAUUCCAACACCCUGGAGCGGAGCAGGCCUGACAGUGGAAUGGACAGAGAACAACCAAAAAAGAAAAUCGUUUAGCGUUCCUCACGACUUGUAUGAGCUUGGCUGCAUCCAGGAUGUAGAGGAUGGCAUGAAAGCUGCAGAGAAAAUUGGCUACCCUGUAAUGGUGAAGGCCUCAGAAGGUGGUGGAGGAAAAGGGAUCCGUAAAGUCAACUCUGCUGAAGACUUCCCUAACCUGUUCAGACAGGUCCAGGCAGAAGUCCCGGGAUCGCCCAUUUUUAUCAUGCAGCUAGCCAAGCAUGCCCGUCACCUGGAGGUUCAGAUUUUGGCGGAUCAAUAUGGAAAUGCCAUUUCCCUGUUUGGCAGAGACUGUUCUGUGCAGCGACGUCACCAGAAAAUUAUAGAGGAGGCACCUGCUACCAUCGCCACUUCUGAUGUGUUUGAGGACAUGGAAAAGUGUGCGGUGAAGCUGGCUAAGAUGGUGGGUUAUGUAAGCGCUGGUACAGUUGAGUACCUCUACAGCCAGGAUGGCAGCUUCUAUUUCCUGGAGCUCAACCCUCGACUUCAGGUGGAACACCCGUGUACUGAGAUGGUGGCCGACGUCAACUUGCCUGCUGCCCAGCUGCAGAUUGCUAUGGGUAUUCCUCUUCACCGAAUCAAAGACAUCAGGAUGCUUUAUGGGCUUCAGCCCUGGGGGGACUCACCCAUUGACUUUGAGGGUCUGUCAACUACCCCUUCCCCACGGGGCCAUGUCAUUGCAGCUCGUAUCACCAGUGAGAACCCCGAUGAGGGAUUCAAGCCGAGCUCUGGAACCGUGCAAGAGCUGAAUUUCCGCAGCAAUAAGAACGUGUGGGGCUACUUCAGUGUUGCAGCUGCUGGAGGACUGCAUGAGUUUGCUGACUCCCAGUUUGGACACUGCUUCUCAUGGGGAGAGAAUCGUGAAGAAGCUAUCUCUAACAUGGUGGUUGCGCUUAAGGAGCUGUCUAUUAGGGGUGACUUCAGGACGACAGUGGAAUACCUCAUUAAGCUGCUGGAGACUGAAAGCUUCCAGCACAAUAAUAUCGACACAGGCUGGCUGGACAGGCUUAUCUCAGAGAAGAUGCAGGCAGAGCGUCCUGAUACCAUGCUGGGAAUUGUGAGUGGCGCUCUGCAUGUAGCAGAUGUCAAUCUCAGGAACAGUGUUUCCAACUUUCUGCACUCCCUGGAAAGGGGUCAGGUGCUGCCAGCGCACACACUUCUCAACACUGUGGAUGUAGAGCUGAUCUAUGAAGGUACUAAGUACGUUCUGACAGUGACUCGUCAGUCUCCCAACUCCUACGUGGUCAUCAUGAACAGCUCUUCUGCUGAGGUGGAUGUCCAUCGGCUCAGUGAUGGAGGACUUUUGCUGUCUUAUGAUGGAAGCAGCUACACUACGUACAUGAAAGAAGAGGUGGACAGGUAUCGCAUCACAAUUGGGAAUAAAACAUGUGUUUUUGAAAAAGAAAAUGAUCCUUCGCUGCUGCGAUCGCCUUCAGCAGGAAAACUCAUUCAGUACACAAUUGAGGAUGGCGGGCAUGUGUUUUCUGGCCAGUGCUACGCUGAAAUAGAGGUUAUGAAGAUGGUAAUGACCCUUACUGCUGCCGAGUCUGGUUGUAUUCACUACGUGAAGAGGGCUGGAGCAGCAUUGGAGCCUGGCUGUGUCAUUUCCAAGCUGCAGCUGGAUGACCCGAGCAGAGUGCAGCAGGCUGAGCUGUACACAGGGACCCUGCCUUCUAUCCAGGCAGUGGCUUUGAGAGGAGAGAAACUACACAGAGUCUUCCACAACACACUGGGUCAUCUUGUUCACAUAAUGAACGGCUACUGUCUUCCUGAGCCUUUUUUCGGUGCUAAGCUGAAAGAAUGGGUGGAAAGGCUAAUGAAAACCAUGCGCGAUCCCUCGUUGCCGCUGUUGGAGCUCCAAGACAUCAUGACAAGCGUGUCAGGUCAUCCCCCUGCUGUGGAGAAGGCCAUAAAGAAGGAGAUGGCUCAGUAUGCCAGCAACAUAACCUCUGUGCUUUGCCAGUUCCCCAGCCAGCAGAUUGCCAACAUACUGGACAGCCAUGCCGCUACUCUUAACAAGAAAUCAGAGAGAGAGGUCUUCUUUAUGAACACACAAAGCAUUGUUCAGCUGGUGCAGAAGUACCGCAGCGGCAUCCGAGGUCACAUGAAGGCAGUGGUGAUGGACUUGCUUAGGCAGUAUUUAAAAGUAGAGACCCAGUUUCAGAAUGGACACUAUGACAAGUGUGUCUUUGCACUGCGUGAGGAAAACAAAGGCGACAUGGCCAAUGUGCUCAAUUAUAUCUUUUCCCAUGCUCAAGUCACCAAGAAGAACCUGCUGGUUACUAUGCUGAUUGACCAGCUGUGUGGCCGUGAUCCAACACUCACAGAUGAACUGAUGGCCAUUUUGACCGAACUCACUCAGCUCAGCAAGACAACCAAUGCAAAGGUGGCACUGCGUGCUCGACAGGUAUUGAUAGCUUCCCACCUUCCCUCUUAUGAGCUGCGACACAACCAGGUGGAGUCAAUCUUCCUCUCUGCCAUCGAUAUGUACGGGCACCAGUUUUGCAUUGAGAACCUGCAGAAACUGAUCCUUUCAGAGACAUCCAUAUUUGAUGUUCUGCCCAACUUCUUCUACCACAGUAAUCAGGUUGUCAGGAUGGCUGCCCUUGAGGUGUACGUUCGCAGAGCAUACAUUGCCUACGAGCUCAACAGUGUUCAGCAUCGACAACUGAAGGACAACACAUGUAUAGUAGAGUUUCAGUUCAUGCUUCCGACUUCACAUCCCAACAGAGGGAACAUCCCCACUCUAAACAGAAUGUCAUUCUCCUCCAACCUGAAUCACUACGGCAUGGUGCAUAUGGCCAGCGUGAGUGACGUUCUGCUUGACACAUCUUUUACGCCGCCUUGUCAGCGCAUGGGAGCCAUGGUCGCUUUCCGCAGCUUCCAGGAUUUCACUAGAAACAUACCAGAUGUGUUGAGCUGCUUCUCUGACUCUCCUCCCCAAAGUCCAACCUUCCCAGAAGGAGGCAAUCCUGUCCUGUACGGUGAAGAGGACAACAAAAGUACCCAGGAUGAGCCUAUUCAUAUCCUGAAUGUGGCUAUAAAGACCGACAGCGACAUUGAUGACGAUGGCCUGGCAGCUAUGUUCCGGGAAUUCACUCAGUCAAAGAAGUCUCUGCUGUUUGAACACGGCAUCCGAAGGCUGACUUUCCUCGUGGCUCAGAAGGAUUUCAGGAAGCAAGUCAAUUGCGAGGUGGACCAAAGGUUUCAUAGGGAAUUCCCCAAAUUUUUCACAUUCCGUGCCAGGGACAAGUUUGAGGAGGACAGGAUCUAUCGUCAUUUGGAGCCUGCAUUAGCAUUUCAGUUGGAGCUCAACCGCAUGCGGAAUUUUGCUCUCACUGCCAUCCCAUGUGCCAACCACAAGAUGCACCUGUACCUGGGUGCAGCCCGAGUGGAGGUGGGCACAGAGGUUACGGACUACCGUUUCUUUGUCCGAGCCAUUAUCCGCCACUCUGAUCUGGUAACAAAGGAGGCCUCCUUUGAAUACCUUCACAAUGAAGCAGAGCGUCUGCUGCUGGAAGCUAUGGAUGAACUUGAGGUGGCUUUCAACAACACAACUGUACGAACUGACUGUAACCAUAUCUUCCUCAACUUUGUCCCUACAGUCAUCAUGGACCCAUCAAAGAUUGAGGAGUCUGUGCGCUCCAUGGUGAUGCGUUACGGCAGCCGUCUGUGGAAGCUUCGAGUCCUGCAGGCCGAACUGAAGAUUAACAUCCGCUUGACUCCAACGGGGAAGCAAAUUCCUAUCCGCCUCUUCCUUACUAAUGAAUCUGGCUACUACCUGGACAUCAGCCUCUACAAGGAGGUCACUGAUUCCCGAACGGGACAGGUGGGGCCCAAAGACCGACAGAUUAUGUUCCAAGCAUAUGGAGACAAGCAGGGCCCCUUGCAUGGCAUGCUCAUCAAUACACCCUAUGUUACCAAGGACCUGUUGCAGUCUAAGCGCUUCCAGGCACAAUCUCUGGGCACUACCUAUGUCUAUGACUUUCCAGAAAUGUUUAGACAGGCCUUGAAAAAGCUGUGGCACUCAUGUCAGGCCUACGCUGACUUACCUCAAUGCCCUCUUCCUUCUGAGCUGCUCACCUUCACAGAGCUGGUUCUUGAUGCUCAAGGUCAGCUGGUACAGAUGAACCGACUGCCAGGGGGCAACGAGAUCGGUAUGGUGGCAUGGCAGAUGACCCUGCGGACUCCAGAGUACCCAGCAGGACGGGAAAUCAUUGUCAUAAGCAAUGACAUCACACACAAGAUAGGCUCCUUUGGGCCCCAGGAGGACCUGUUGUUCCUGCGAGCCUCAGAGAUGGCUCGGGAGAGCGGCAUCCCCCGAAUCUAUAUCGCAGCCAACAGUGGUGCCCGCAUUGGUUUGGCAGAGGAAAUCAGACACAUGUUUCACGUGGCCUGGCAAGAUCCAGCUGAUCCUUACAAGGGUUUCAAGUAUCUCUACCUCACACCUCAGGAUUACAAGAAGGUUUCAGCCCUAAACUCAGUGCAUUGCGAGCAUAUAGAGGACGAGGGGGAAUCUAGGUACAAGAUCACCGACAUUAUAGGUAAAGAUGAAGGGCUGGGUGUGGAGAAUCUGAAAGGGUCGGGAAUGAUUGCUGGAGAAUCCUCUCUGGCUUAUGAGGAGAUCAUCACCAUGAAUCUGGUCACAUGUCGAGCCAUAGGUAUUGGAGCCUAUCUGGUGAGGCUUGGACAGAGGACCAUCCAAGUGGACAACUCCCACAUCAUCCUUACUGGAGCCGGAGCGCUCAACAAGGUGCUGGGCAGAGAAGUUUAUACAUCCAACAACCAGCUUGGUGGAGUUCAGAUCAUGCAUAACAACGGUGUCACUCACUGUACUGUUUCUGAUGACUUUGAAGGAGUCUUCACUCUUUUGCAGUGGCUGUCCUACAUGCCCAAGUGUAAAUCAUGUCCCGUACCCAUCCUCAAUGCCAAGGACCCCAUAGAUCGGCCAAUUGAGUUUGUGCCUACUAAGGCUCCUUAUGACCCUCGCUGGAUGUUAGCAGGACGUCCCAGCCAGACUCCAAAGGGUUCCUGGCAGCAUGGCUUCUUUGACCAUGGCUCUUUCAUGGAGAUCAUGCAGCCAUGGGCUCAGAGCGUAGUGGUAGGCAGAGCCAGACUCGGUGGGAUACCGACUGGAGUGGUUGCUGUGGAAACCAGGUCAGUGGAACUGUCAAUCCCAGCUGAUCCAGCCAAUUUAGACUCGGAGGCUAAGAUCAUCCAGCAGGCAGGGCAGGUGUGGUUCCCAGAUUCUGCUUUCAAAACCGCUCAGGCCAUUAAGGAUCUGAACCGGGAGGGCUUACCUCUCAUUGUGUUUGCCAAUUGGAGGGGCUUUUCUGGAGGAAUGAAGGAUAUGUACGACCAAGUGUUGAAAUUUGGAGCCUAUAUUGUGGAUGGACUGAGGGAGUACAAGCAGCCAGUAUUGGUUUAUAUCCCCCCCCAGGCUGAACUGAGAGGAGGCUCCUGGGUGGUUAUAGAUCCCACCAUCAACCCCCGUCACAUGGAGAUGUACGCUGACAAGGACAGCCGAGGUGGCGUGUUGGAGCCUGAAGGAACCGUGGAAAUCAAAUUUAGGAGGAAGGAUCUGGUGAAGACCAUGAGGAGAGUAGAUCCAGUCUACAUGGGCUUGGCUGAAAAAUUGGGGACCCCAGAGCUGAGCCCCCCUGAUCGAAAAGAACUGGAGACCAAACUUAAGGAGCGUGAGGAGUUUCUUUUGCCCAUCUACCAUCAGGUGGCUGUGCAGUUUGCAGACCUUCACGACACCCCAGGUCGCAUGCAAGAGAAGGGGGUUAUCACGGAUAUCCUAGAAUGGCAGACAUCCCGUCAGUUCUUCUACUGGCGUCUGCGCCGUUUGCUGCUGGAGGAAACGGUGAAGAGGAAGAUCCAAGUGGCAAACAGCGAGCUGACAGAUGGGCAGAUCCAGGCGAUGCUGCGCCGCUGGUUUGUGGAGGCCGAGGGGGCUGUUAAGGCCUAUCUGUGGGAUAACAAUGAAGAAGUGGUGGCGUGGCUGGAGCGACAACUAGCUGAAGAAGAAGGCGCGAGAUCCGUCAUCGACGAGAACAUCAAGUACAUCCGCAGAGACCACAUCCUCAAGCAGAUUCGCAGCCUUGUUCAAGCCAAUCCAGAGGUUGCCAUGGAUUCUAUUGUGCACAUGACCCAGCACAUCUCACCCACUCAGAGAGCAGAAGUGGUGCGUAUCCUGUCCACUAUGGAGACAUCAGCGUCCUCCUAGGGGGGAGGCCUGUCCUUUUCUCACUGCCUGGCUUAGGCCAAAGCCAGACGCAAAGGAGCCUGGUUAUGCCUCAUCUGAGGCCUGGUCUGGAAACUGAGGCUGGAGGAGCCAACAUGAUGGCUCUUGGCAGCAGCCAUGUUACUAAUGAAUCGUUGGCAAUGAAUCUCAGUAAGCAAGAGUUGACUGACAUCAGUUAUUACAUUCUGUAAAUGGCAGUGCGCGUAUACUAAUAUUAGGAUCAAUUCAUGUAUUUUUUUUACUGAAGUGCAAUUAAAGGAAUGACAAUACAGAAAUAUGUAGUGAAUUUAAUUUAAUAAUAUGUCUGGAGUUUACACAGAUGGCUCAAUAGGAUGCCAGUGCUUCUAUGAUAAUCCAUGCUUUUCAACUGGAGUGGUCCCAAGAAUAAAUUAAACAUGUUGUCCUUAAAGCGCACCGUGGUUUGUGACAUACGCUUGCUAAGAUUCGCAAGUGUUUUGAUGACCAGCUCAACAAUGACAACACAUUGCUAGUGGAGUUAGCAAGAAAGGAUUUUUUUUUUUUAAACACUUCUAAGUAUGGAGCACUUAGUUACUGAACAAAGACAGAAUUGAACAGGGGAGCUCAGCAGGGAGCAGGGACAAGGUCCCUUUUAAACCCCAACUAUUGCGCAGUUACCCUGCAGUGAGCAAUGGGCAGCUCGCCUCACAACAAAACCACAGCUGUCCCCUUCACACAGUAAACGCUGCUUUAGAGGCACUUUAGCGCCGACUGUUCCCUUACAUUGCACUCAGAAUCCAGCCUGCAUUUUAGCUGUUGCAGCUAGUAUACGUACCAACAAACAUACACGCACAAAGUAAAACAAAGUAAUGAUAGUAAUGCACAGAGAGCUGACAAUAGUCUAAAUAUGACAAUGACACUAAACACAGUUUAAAAUGCAAGCUUGCUUAGACCGUUUUGUUUGUUUUGGUAGCUGCUGGUUUGGUCUUAAAUGGAGAACAAGCUUCACUUUUUUGUUUAGCUUUUUUUCUAUAGAGAUGUAUUUGAGUUAACAGCAAACAAACGGCCAAAUUUUUUAAAUGUCUGAAAGAAUAAAGACUACUGUUACAUGUCAGAUUUUAACUGUAAUCAACUGUUGAAGUUUUUAUGUCCGAUGUGUGAAAUGUCAUUUGUUUUUAACGUUAACAUUUGAAAGCAGCCUUUGAAUCACACGUUCUGUAUUUGUGUUGUAACCAAAAGGCAAAUUGUUGUGAGAAAAUGAGUACCGUACAUAAUAGCUGAAUGGCACUACAUGGUCAAAUUUAGACCUUUUAGAUUAUAAUGCACUGCUGAAUACUAAUGUUGGCAAUGUGAAAUGGCUUCAUAGUUAGUGCUGUGCCUUUUUUUUCUGCCUGUAUAUUGACAUGUUUCCCAGUUGCUUUAUAAGUAACUGGAUGUUUCCUAUUUGAGGAUGGAGAAGAAUUUACACUGAUGAGCUCUAAAUGUGUCUGAAACUUAAAUAAAACUUACCCAACUUAG